AUGGCAGCAACCUCUCCUCUGCGCCCGUCAACUCCCGCUCGACCUGCUUUUGAUACACCCCAGCUUUCUCCGAACCGGAUGCCACCCGCCUUUCCCUCUCAAUCAUCCUACAAAUCGGGCCAUCUAGGUCUUGCCGUCUUCUCGCCAGUCGAUCAGAAUGGGAGCUUUUGCUUUGACCGUGUGAUCAAGAGCGGGAAAGUACAUUGGCGGGUAAAAAACAAAGGAGCCUGGAAACCAUCAUGGAAGCCGGCCUACCUCGUCCUGAGGCCGAACCUCUUGUCCGUCUACCAAAAUCCCGACGAGACUGAUCUCAAAGCUUCUAUUACCUUGUCCGAAGUCACGGCUGUUGCACGCGUCCAAAAAGUACACACCGAGCAUGUAUUUGGCGUGUUCUCCCCAUCGAAGAACUAUCAUUUUCGCGGCAUAUCUGAAGCAGACACGGAGGACUGGAUCAUGUAUAUCCGCUCAGAAGCAAGGACCGAUGAAGAUGACAACAUUGCCUCUACCGCUCCGCAGCUUUCGAGUAGGGCUGGUGACCUGUCAAACACUUACGACUCUACCGAUAUGUCCGCAGACGAAAUGCAUCGUGCUCCAGGUUCACCCGAAGGUCGAUCGAGUGCGAUACAGAACAGACCCAGGCACGGGUCACUGCAAGCGAACAGCCAAAGACGGCCUUCCAAUUUCCAGGAAUAUUCUGGAAACGAACAGUUCACGACGUCACACUCGGACUUCUCGGAUUCCUUGGGGAGUUCAUUACCGAAAAACUCAUCGUCGUCGCUGGCCAAACAACCACCGGUUUUGACACCGAUUGUUUCAUCACAACAGCUCAGUGGCAAGGUCGAGGCCAAAGGAAAUGCACAGUUAUCCCAACCUCCGUCACAGUCGGAGCCCGUCGCUGACCCAGAACGGGUUGUUCGGCAAGGACAUCUACAAAUUUUGAAGUCACACAAAACCGGUGUCAAGGGGUGGAAGUGGAUCUGGGUCGUACUCCGUUCCCGAAGCCUAUCGUUCUACAAGAAUGAAGCGGAAUAUGCUGCCGUAAAGAUUCUACCGAUGCACUCGAUUGUCAAUGCCGCCGAGAUUGACCCCGUGAGCAAAUCCAAAAACUUCUGCUUUCAAAUUAUUACGGACGACAAGACGUACAGAUUCUGUGCGCCGGGCGAGGAAGAGUUGGAUAGAUGGCUGGGGGCUCUGAAGAGCGUGUUGAGCAAGCGUAACGAAGUGGAAAAGGCGCUCGCUGCGAAGGCUAGAGAUAAAGAGAGGGAGAAAGGGAAAGGCAAAACCGGCUUGGAGGGCGUUGCUGCAUUGCUCCUGCGCCAGCAAGCGGUUUGA